GCACCUCAGGACCCACCCCGCAGCGAGGCGGCAGCAGCCAUAGGGCCAUCGGAGCACCCAACGAUGCCCCACAGCCCUGCGCCGUCAGCCCCAAGGACGGGCGAUGGGCCACAGCAUGGAGGCCUCCCUGCCCGCCCUAUGGGGCUGGAACGGCUCUAGGGCAGCGCGGGCGCUCCAGCCCUCUCCGGGCCCCAUGCCCCCCAACGGCACAGCCGACAGCAAGCCCAAAGACGUGGCUUCCAAAUCGGUGGGGCUCUUCUUCAUGCUGCUCAUCGACCUGACGGCCAUCGUGGGCAACGCGGCCGUGAUGACCGUCAUCGUGAAGACGCCGGCGCUGCGCAAGUUCGUCUUCGUCUUCCAUCUCUGCCUGGUGGAUUUCCUGGCAGCCCUCACCCUGAUGCCGCUGGAGAUGCUGUCGGGUUCGGCCGUGUUUGACAGCCCCGUGCUGGGCGAGGCCAUGUGCCGCGUCUACCUGUUCCUCAGCGUCUGCUUCAUCAGCAUGUGCAUCCUGUCCAUCUCCACCAUCAACGUGGAGCGCUACUACUACGUCGUGCACCCCAUGCGCUACGAGGUGCGGAUGACGGUGGGCCUGGUGGUCUGCGUGCUGGUGGGCGUCUGGCUGAAGGCCGUGGCCACGUCGCUGGUCCCCGUGCUGGGCUGGUUGUCCCCCGACCGCCCUCCGCCCGCCGGCCGCGGCUGCUCCCUGCAAUGGAGCCGCGGUCCGUACUGCAAGUUCUUCGUGGUCUUCUUCGCCACUUUCUACUUCCUCCUGCCCCUCCUCAUCAUCGUGGUGGUUUACUGCAGCAUGUUCAAGGUGGCUCGGGUGGCCGCCAUGCACCACGGCCCGCUGCCCACCUGGAUGGAGACCCCGCGCCGGCGCUCCGAGUCGCUCAGCAGCCGUUCCACCAUGGUGACGACCUCGGGUGCCCCCCGCACCACCCCGCAGAGGACGUUCGGUGGGGGCAAAGCGGCCGCCAUCCUGCUGGCCGUGGGCGGCCAGUUUCUUUUCUGCUGGUUGCCCUACUUCUCCUUCCACCUCUACACGGCCCUCAGCGCCCAACCCUUGGCUGGGCCGGCGGCCGAGACCGUGGUCACCUGGCUGGGCUACUUCUGCUUUACCUCCAACCCUUUCUUCUACGGGUGCCUCAACCGGCAGAUCCGCGGCGAGCUGGGCCGGCUCCUCACCUGCUUCUUCAAGCAGCCUCCCGAGGAGGACCUGCGUCUGCCCAGCCGCGAGGGCUCCAUCGAGGAGAACUUCCUGCAGUUCCUGCAGAGCACCGGCUGCCCCGCCGAGCCCCCGCCGCCCCUCGACACCCCCAGCCCCAAGCGGGACCCGGCACCCAUCGAUUUCCGCAUCCCGGGGCAGGUUGGGGAGGAUGCGGGUGAGGGGACGGAGCGGAGCGGCGGGGAUGGGCUGUGCGUGCCCAAAGCGGAGCUGUAGCGUUGUCCUCGUGGCUCCA